AUGGAAUCAUUUGACGGGCUGGACUUGAACGUGGUUUUCAAGGCUGCAAAUUUGGCUGUCGGAUCUUUAGCCGUGCUAUCCGGUUUAUCUCAGUUAUUUAGUGGAAUUCAAUCUUUUAUUUUGGGUGUCUACAUAAUUGGCUUUGGAGCUAUUGUUGGUAUUCUUGAAUUUUCGAUCCCUCCUGAGGCUCAAACUUACGGGCUGUUUCUUUUCUCAUUUGUGGGCCGAGGCGUUUUUUACACUCUUAUUGGUGCCAGUAUCAAUGGUGCCAGCUGGUUCAGACUUUUAGCGAGCCUUUUGAUAUUUGUAGUUGGGUUGGUUUAUAUUGCAUUAGAGGCAAUUCCUAGUAUUUCUCCCCCAGAAAACAUGAAUCCUGAGGGGAUUUCCAUAGGAAUUCAAGAUGAAGACGUAGUGUAAAGUGGUGUGCCAUAUUUCGGAGUUCGAAUUUUUAGUCGAUCGUAUCGAAUAAAUACAAACGUGUCUACAAUGCCGUAAUUUGUCCCAGCCACUUUAUUUUGAGUGAUAAAACGAGUGUUUCACUAUUUCUAUGUAAGAGCAUACAAUUCAUGAUAAUAAUGUGUUCCAUGCGGUAUGGAUAC